AUGAUGAAAAAUUAAGGUUUGAUAAGAGACUUUGAUCAGAUUUUAAUUGAAAAUUCUUCCCAUCUAUUAAUAUAAUCUGAAUAGCAAAUUCAAUCAAAUAAAAAUAUAAAAUUUACUAACAUGGAUGACUCAAAAAAAUAAUAUAGCAAAAUCAAAAACGACUUAAGAGAAUAAAUUAUACACAAGAUCCUUAAGGAAAAAAAACCCAUAAUGGAUGUAAUCUAACAUUAAUUAUUUAGGUGGCCUAGGAACAUAAUAUCUUACAAUCGACUUGCAAAUCUAUUAUAAACACGUAUAUGAGAGAAGGUAGGGUCGGAAAAAAGGAGAGCAGAGUCAGAAAACUAAAAAAAGUUAUGAGGACGUACGAAGUUAUAUUAAAUCCAUUAUAUCCUCAAAUGUCUACAAUUGUUCAAUCCUAAAAAAUAGAAAAUUGUGUAGAAAAAUCAAAGAAGGGGUUAAAAGAGGAAAGUAAUUAAAAUGAAAAAUUCAGUGAAGAACAGGAGCUCAACAAUUUCUCUUUGGUUUAAUAAUGGUGUGACCAGAUUCAACAAUAACUAAUUUUACUAUCUCAUUCGAAUUAGUUCUUUUAAAACACCGCGAACUUGAUACAGAAAUGAUAG